CCGACCCGGCCUCUCAUUUCUUACCCUCAUUUUCUCUCUCUUCCUCCUCUCCUUCUCUUGCAACCCACAUCCUCUUCCAAAACAACAGGUGCCCUAAAUUUUGCGAUCGCCGAAAUUGGAUUCCGGCAAAUUCCCACACCCUCUGGCUACUGGCAGCCACCCCUUACACUUUACUGGUUGGCCGGAAUUAGCAGUGCUGGCCUUCGAUUACUUUCGCCGACUAGCCCAGACCAGUGGCGUAGCGCCAACCAAAAGCAAGGUUAAGGCCCGUAGAGGUACUUCUAGUGAGAAGAACAAGGCAAUGGAAGGGGAAGGGGAAGGGGAAGGGGAAGGGAAAGGCUGGAUGGAAUGACGAUUGACGCCUGUACUACGGGGAAAAAGGUAAAUACAAUAAUGUAAACAAAACUUGAGGAAUAUCAGUGAAGAUAAACGACGACAGUGGAAAAGUAUUUUUAGCAGCAAGGUUCCCUCUGCAUUUGAAUUGUUGUUGUUCUUGUAUGGCAACAGUGAAUCCAAAUGCGUACUUAUUUCAGUGAACUUUAGUAGAAUUAUGAUGUUUAUCAGUUCACGUGAUCUGGUGGCAUGAGUCAAAGGGGUUCUAUCACAUUUGGUCAUGGCAUGAUGCGAUGCUAUAUCAUAUUUAUCAUACAUCAUUCUGUGCACCAACUAUGCUUGGUUCAUGUAUGCAUGCUCUAACUAUGCCUACAUCGAAUAUUCAUGUAACCAUACAUAUAUAUCACAUCUGAUCAUGCCAAGCAACAAAAAGCUACACAUCAUAGGAACCUUCUCAUCUCUAUGCAUAUAACAAACUAACAAAGGCUAUGGUAUAUGGUAUGUGUGUAUGAAAAUAAGCAGGGGUGGACAACAUACCUUGAGGCACUCCACCACCGGUAGCAACACACACUCAACGGAAGAAAAUAGCAAAAGUUAUGUCCCCUUACAAUGUUUGAAGCAACGCGUCAUGUCCCCUCACAAUAUCUUUUUUACUGUUAACUUUAAAUUUCAUUAAUAUUAUUAUUUUAUUUUUAUUUAAAAAAUUGGGGUUUAACAGUUGGACUGCAAUCAGUGGAAAAGUUGCAGAAGAGCAACAAGUCAUAGAUGGUCAUAGAAUAUUUGCGUCGAAAAUUAGAGGUACCAAACAAAGAAAAAAUAAAGCUGACCAAUAUUGAAGUGAGAGAAGAAGGUGGAAUAAGAUGCGACGAAUGUGUGACAUCGAUAAAUACGGGCGCUGCCAAUGGCGUUCUGUUGUCGAAUGGUAUGAAAUGCUCUCAGAUUUUCAGAAGAAAAGACUAGAGAAAAUGAAAUUUUCAGGGAUACUGGCCUAUGGCUUCUUGGAAAUCCAAUGGAGGCCCUUGUACACUCUUGCCCAAAAGUGGGAUCCUCGGACAAACACAUUUGUGUUCAAUGGAUUCGAGAUGACAAUCACAUUAGAAGAUGUUGCUAGACUGUUUGAUCUGAAAAUUUACGGAAAACCUGUGUUAGGGACAUCCAAUUACAACUUGAGAGGGAAGAGUAGCAAGCUUCUAGGGAUGACAGAGUCGGAAUUUGAGAGCGUUGUUGGCUUCAAGGGAAAAUCGACAUCGAUUAUUGUGGCAGCGCUACAACAUAAAUGGCAACAUGCAAAGCAUGAUGUCCCGUCACAAGAAGCAGACCAAGCAUUGAGGUCCUUUAUCAUUUAUUUGUUUGGACUUUGUUUAUUUAGUGACAAUUCAGGCUCAAGAAUAAGUUGGCGGUACGUUCAAUUUUUAGAAGAUUUGGACCAGGUGCACAAUUACGCAUGGGGAGCAGCUGUACUUGCACAUUUGUAUAGCCAACUGGAGCGAUUGAAGAGUGGGGUUGCAUCCGUGGGAGGAUUUUGGUUGUUGAUACAGUUCUGGAUGUGGGAGCACAUACCUUCUAUUAGACCAACUAUGGACCGUCCAUUUCCUGAGGUACAACCAUUACAUGCACGGUGGAGAGGUAUCAGUUUCAAAGAUUACAAUGAUCCAGAUGCAUCCAAGUCAAUCAUAUUGAAUCUUCAGAUUGAUGAGGUGCGGUUUAGACCAUAUAAUGUUAGAAAAGAACAAGAUUGCAAUAUCGUGAAAGCGCUUGAGUUGUCGUCCAGAGAUAUUUGGUUGUUCUGCAUGAAUGAGGUAGAAUUGCAACACGGCAGCCGAGUUCUCAUGCAGUGUGGUCUAGGCCAGUCGAUUCCACUGCCACCUCAGCUUUACACGAGAGGUGAGAUGACCAUUGUUUACGAUGGCGAGGGAUUUGCACCAGGGUACCGUGAGCAGUAUUGGGAUGUCGUACAUCCUCGUGAACUCGAAAGCUCUUUGAUCGAGUGGCCCUCUCAUCGAUCACCAAUCGCAGCAGCAAGAGAUUCCUCGCCUCUAUCACCAUCCGCGCAUAGAGAAACAUGCCCGCAUCCAUCAUCAUCCACAAAUGAACAUCAUGUCCCAUCUUCAUCAUCUUUACCAUCUCCAACACCAAUUCCAGCGGAGGAGCAAUCUCGGUGGGAGAUCUGUAGCAAACAAGAUCAGGAACAUACUGACAAGGAGAUCCGAAGCAAACGAGGCCAUGAGCAUGCAGAGACUGCAGGCCAGUGUCCCAUCCUUAAUGGAGAAGAUAGAUUGUUAGUGGCAAUAAACACGUUGGUUAGUCAUAUUGCCAUUUUGACUCGUAAGGUCGACACGUUGAAUCAGAAUCUGUCAAAAUCAAAACGGCAUAAACAUGAUGAUUGAUAAUAAAUGUAUUUUAGUAAUAA